AUGGGGACGAGCGCUGGGUUUGGACCAGCUGCUUCUCGCUGUCCCCUCCACCCCCUGGAGAUCUCCAGCCCCUCGCUGGGCGUCACACUGGCCGCGGAGACGCCUGGCAGGGAGGAUGAGCACUUGUGGGUGUUUGUGGCCACCUCAGCUGUCACCUUGAUCCCAUACACCCUCCUCCUGGUGAUACUUUACAUCAUUAGUGACGGAGGUGGCAAUGUUUCCUCUUUUUAAGGGAGCAGCGACACGUCUUCAGAGACCUCGGAGGACUCAGACAGCAGCCCCUCCUGCCCGCAGGUACGGCCACCUUUGCCGAAAGAAAACCUCAAUUACACAUCCCUGGUGUUCCCGGGAAAACGCUGCGGGCCAGGCUCCGCCGGGGACUACGAGAACAUGAAGGCUGGGACGGACUACGUCAACGUGGACCUAAAGAAGAGGAAAGUGGAUUUCUGGCCUUUCUCCAGCCCCGCCGCAUCCAAGCCCACCGAGUACACGGAGGUGAAGCUGUGA